UAUUGGUCCAACUCAGCAAUCAUACUCGUCUAAGCAAACCCAAGCCUACGGUACACAGUAAAACAGUCACCAUGUCUUCUGCUGGAAACAUGAUUUCGUUUGCAUUUGUUAUAUUUUCAGCUCUUUGUCACCAAGUUUUUGGUGAAGUAGUUACUGGAUCAGUUGCAUUAAACUCGGGUGUUUUUGAUAAGAUCAUUCAAAAGCACAAGGCUGUUUUGGUGAAAUUUGAUGAGACUUAUCCUUAUGGUACUAAGCAAAAUGUAUUUAAAGAAGUUGCCAAAGCAAGCGUAGUCCAGUCAGAUUUACUAGUAGCAGAAGUUCAGGUUGCAGAUUAUGGUGAUAAAGACAACAUUGAUUUGGCUGAAAGAUUUGGUGUCACCAAAGCAGAUUUCCCAGCAUACAGGCUGUUCCUGAAUGGCAAAAACACUGACCCAAUCAAGUUUACUGCUAAUGUUGAAAGUGCAGAUGAUAUUAAAAACUUUGUGAUUAGAGAAUCAGGUCUAUGGCUUGGUCGUCCUGGAUGCUUAGAAGAGUUUGAUAACCUUGUUAAAGAGUUUUUUGCUGCAGCUGAGGAUAAGAGGUCUGAGGUUGUACAGAAGGCUGAGAAGGCUGCUGAGAAACUCACUGUUGACAGUGAAAAGGCCUCAGCUGAGACCUAUAUCAAGACACUAAAGAAAGUUUUAGAGAAGGGUAAAGACUUUGUCAAGUCAGAAGUGACCCGUGUUGAAAAGUUGCGCUCAGGAAAAGUUAGUGAUAAGAAGAAAGAGCAGUUGGGUGAUAGGCUAAAUAUUUUAACUACAUUCCAAUUGAAUGUCAAGGAUGAACUAUAGUUCUUGUUAUAAACAUUUUAUAAGUGUUUAACUACAAUUUUUGCAUUUCCAAAAACAAUUUUUAACUUUUAUAAAGGUUGUUAUUACUAAGUAUUAUGAGAUUUAUGAUUUUGAACUUAAAGCAUUAUUUUUAUUGCUGAUUACCUUAUGAACUUGUAUGUUCUAAUUUGCCUUGCAUUCUUUUUUACUUUUAGUUAUGCUGCAGCAUAGUAAUUGUGUUAUUCAAUAACUUGCUCAAGCUAAUUUCAGUGCAUAUUAGCUUAUCCAUAUUAUUCACUGCCAUAAUACUGUUUUGGUAAUGAGAUUCCAUAAUUUAAUGACUUAGUAGAAUAUUAUUUUUAGCUGAGCAGUUAUUAAGUUUGUAGUUCUAAACUUCAAAUUGAUUGCUAGCAGAAUUAAUAUCUUUUAAGCACCAUUUUUAAUUAACUGAUAAUUGCUUUAUGCUUCCAUAAUUUUUCUUUUUCUCCCCUCAACUAUUGGCAAUAAACAACAUACAUUGUCUCAGAUAAACUGUCUUUUAGUUUAUUUAAAUGUUUUAAAGAACUUUGAAUUAUGUUUAUUUAUUAUGUUGAGCUGCGUAUCAAAAGAUGCAGUGAGUUAAUGCUGUGAAAAGAUGACCAUUUUUAAAAGCCCAUGUAUGAUGUGGUAAAUUAUUAAAGUCAUAUCAAUUUUAA